AGGAAGAUAGUAAAGUUCAUUCUACAAUCGUGUCGUAAGUCGUAAGCCGUAAAACUGACCAAUUAUAGCCGAUUAUUUUUGUAAUAAUCGACUGUGAUUCGCCAAUUGUUACGGCUUACAACUUACGACACGUAUUGUAGACCAGGCCUUAGGUAGAAAAGUACAGCUUUGACCAUCUCUAUUGUGGUCGGUGUUAAAACUCUGGGGGUAAUUUCGAUGGGCUUUCGUUUGCCUUCGCGGCGGUUGGAUGUGGUCUUGUAACUACGAAUAAUAUUUUUGAUCUUGGGGACUGCAUACACGUCCCUGUUUCUCUUUUAUUUCCAAAAUCGUUGUGAUUGGCGUAAGAGAAGGAGUGUAAUAACUCUGCUCAGAGCCAUAUAUUGAUUGAAUGAAUGAACGCCGAGAGGUCGUUUUCAGACUUCUUUCUGCCAAAAUCAUGCAAACUCAAGGAGCCAUGGAAUCUUUUCUUAAUACAUCGAAAGUUGCUUUGUCCAACUUGUCAUUAUAUCAAACGAUUCGUGUUGUCCUGGGAAAUCAGUCUUGUGACUUAGAUUCUGCUGUAUGUGCUCUGGUGCAAGGAUUAUCAGAAUAUGUCAACAUUAAGACAUGUGGACAGAGCAACAUUGCUGUAAUACCAGUUCUGAAUAUUCCAGAAAAGGAUUAUCGUAUCAAGACUGAAGUAGUUUAUUGGUUGAGAUUUCACGAUAUACCACAGAACUUAUUGACAUUCAGAGAUCAGAUCAAUUUGCAAAAUCUGCAGAGUAACACUGACAAAAAGCUGGAGCUGAUUCUAGUUGAUCAUCAUACUUUGUCAAAUGAAGAUAUAGCACUGAAACCUUUGGUAAUAAAAAUUAUCGAUCACCGACCAUUAAAUCCGGAUUGGUCAUGGCCUGACACAUUAUUAAAUAUAAAACUUGCUGGAAGCUGUGUAAGUCUUGUCGGACACGACAUACUCAAAGAAAAUUCCAAAAUGUUGGAUUCUCAACUUGCAAGCCUCUUAAGAGGUCCAAUUUUGGUUGAUACUUACAAUAUGUCAACUAAGGGUGGCCGAGUAACUACCACUGAUGUUGAUGUAAUAAAUAAACUUGAACAACUUGGUAAACUCACAACUGAUAGAACUGAAGUAUUUAACAAGCUUAUGAAAGCUAAAACAGAUAUCAGUGAGUUGACCAUCGAAGAACUCAUGAUUAAAGAUCUGAAAAUAACAAAUGGUGUGCCUGUUGCAGUUUUUCCCCUCUUAGUAGAGAAUCUUCUCAUGAAAGAAAAUGCAAAAGAAAUUAUUGAAAAAUUUAGCAUUGAUAAAAAUUGGACUGUUAUUGUUCUUAUUGGUCUUAAUGUGAGUGAUGGACAUAUAUCUAGAGAUAUUGCGAUCUUUUCAACAUUAUGUAAUCAAUUAGGACAUGAUAUUAUUCAAGCGUUAAUUUCUUCUACACAACCACAUUUGAAUACAGAACUAAUCAAAGAGAUUCGAGAAAAACGAUACAGUAUAUGCUUAUAUAAAUUAGGAAACGUGGAGAGACAACAGCCGGGCCAAGCUACGCCGAGUAUCAACAUCCCCACCCUGUGCCAGCGAAAAGCUGCAUUACACUCAUGAACGCUGUCCUU